CUGCGGCGUCACCCCAGGGCUGGAGCUCCGGGGCCCGUGCCACCCCUGCCCAGGGAGGGUUAAAAGAUCUGGGUUUUUGGAAGGGCGAUCAAGAUACUGACUUUGGAACAUCCAUGAAAAUAGCGUUCUUAGAUUAGACACUCUUCGAACCCUAACUGUGUCGGUUAGCGGGUGCAACUUUGGGCGGAUGUCUCAAACACUCAGCGACCGUUUCUUCAGUUAAAACUUUAGAAAUAUGGAAGUAGUGAAGUGUAAAUAAGAUUUUACUUGCAAGGGCUUAGCUAAUGGCUACAUGUAGCAGGUACUCAACACACGGUACACAUAAAUUUCUCUUCAGUUCAUUAGCCCUUAAUAUAGUGAUUUGAGAAUUAAUACAUAAUCCUUUCCACACAAACACGACCUUGCACUAUCUCUCAGGAGACUAAGGUGAAAAGCCCUGUUCUACAGUGCCCUUUCACUCUGAGGUUCUGCCUUAUCUCAGGCCCAGAAACGUGGAAUCAAUCUGCUGUGGCCGGGAACCUCUGAAACCACAAACCCAGAUGAAUCCUCCUUCAAGGAAGGCUAUGCUGAAGGAGAGGGUCAUGGACUUGGUCACCCAGACAACCAUCCUGCCCCUGCUAUUUGGCUGCCUGGGGAUUUUCAGCCUCUUCCGGCUGCUACAGCGGAUCCGCUCAAAGGCUUAUCUGAGGAAUGCUGUAGUGGUAGUUACAGGUGCCACCUCAGGACUCGGCAGAGAAUGUGCCAGAGUCUUUCACGCUGCAGGGGCUAAACUGAUCCUCUGUGGAAGAAAUGUGAAGGCCCUUGAGGAGCUCACCUGUGAACUUGCUGGUUCUUCUCAGGGACAGACACACCAACCCUUUGUGGUGACCUUCGACCUCACAAAUCCUGGUACUAUUGCUGCAGCAGCAGCUGAGAUCCUACGGUGCUUCGGCUAUGUGGACGUUCUCAUCAAUAAUGCUGGGGUCAGCUACCGUGGUGCCAUUAGUGAUACCAUAGUGGACGUGGACCGGAAGGUGAUGGAAAUAAACUAUUUUGGCCCUGUUGCUCUAACAAAAGCACUCCUACCCUCCUUGGUGGAAAGAAAGCAAGGCCACAUUGUCGCCAUCAGCAGCAUCCAGGGCAAGAUCAGCCUUCCUUUUCGAUCAGCAUAUGCAGCCUCCAAGCAUGCAACCCAGGCAUUCUUUGACUGUCUGCGUGCAGAGAUGGAAGAGGCUGACAUCCAGGUGACUGUGAUAAGCCCUGGCUACAUCCAUACCAACCUCUCUGUAAAUGCUGUCACUGCUGAUGGCUCCAGAUAUGGAGCUCUAGACAAGAACACAGCCCAGGGCCGAAGCCCCGCAGAGGUGGCCCAGGAUGUCUUUGAUGCUGUGAGGAAGAAGAAAAAAGACGUUGUCUUGGCUGACCUGCUGCCGUCCAUGGCUGUCUACAUCAGAACUCUGGCUCCUGCACUGUUCUUCAGAAUCAUGGCCUCCAGGGCCAGGAAAGAGCGAAAAUCCAAGAGCUCCUGAUGUUGGCAGAGCUGCUCGCUUGGGCCAGCCUGAUGAGACUGAGCACACACCUUCCUGGGCUGAGACUGCAGUACACGGGCUCCACAGCUGAGACCUGGGGGAGGGCUGGCUUGUGCUUGUUUCCCAAGGAGUGGAUUAGCCCUGAAGCAGUGAAAUAUGGAGCUGUGCGGGAACUCCGAAAGAUGUAAAAUAAAUGACUCAACAGUGGGUCAGAGUUCACAGUAGAA